GGAGAGGAAGAGGAGGACUGAGUGGAUGAAAGAGGAGGAGGAGAGGAGGAAGGUGAAGGAGGAGAUGAGCCGGAGUAGUAAAAGGAGAGAGGAGUCUGCCAUCGAGAGUCUGGAGAGACUCCUGUCCGGCAACUCCUCUGCUCCUCCACCUCCUCGCCUGUCCACCGUCUCCUCCUCCUCCUCCUUUGUCCCACCCCCCCCCAGCCAGUCAUCCUCCUCGCCCCCCUACCCCUGGCUGAGCCGGGGCGGGGCUCCCCCUUGUCCCCCAGGCCAGGCACCACCGUCUCCCGCCCCCCUGGAGAGGUCGCAGCCGCCCCCUCUCACCCCCCAGACGGAGUACGCCAGGGAGAAGCAGAGGCAGAGAGAGAUGUGGGGUGAAACCCCCCCCUCGUCAUUACACACUAGUAACGUUACCUCGGGGAACAACGCCCUGCCCUCGUUGGGGCCCUCUUAUCCCAACCACCCCUCAAAUAAGACCUUGACYCAAGGUGCCCCCCGCCCAUCCAAAGACACCCCCCAUCCCAAGGAGAACGCUAGUCAGCAGGCCCGAGGAGGCGCGAUGGGCGCUGUGGAUCCCCUCCACACCUCCAGCAUGGUCACCCUCCGAGAGCCCCCCAAACUCUUCCAGGCGUUCCCCAGGGAUAGCCUACCGUCUGGGCCCAACACCUCCAGGACCAACAGCAGCACGUCCAGCACAGGGGGCCUCCUCCACAAGCGCAUGCCCAGCGGAGGCCUAGGCAGCCUGGGUUGCAGCAACGGCGACUCUGACAGCACCCAGUUUGAGGAGGAACCCUUGGAGCUCUCAACGUUACUCCCGGACGGUCUGGCCAACAUCAUGGCCAUGCUGGAUGAGUCCAUCAAGAAAGAGGAGGAAUCUCUGUACUGCAGCGACCGAAACGGCGCUAGGGAGACCAUCAUAACUGCCUUUGUUGCUAUGCCGCUGGCUAAGAGCUACCUGUGCGCCCCGGACCUCAUUCCAGCGCCCAAUCAGCAACCGCAGGAUGACUUUAUUGGGACGAACGUCCACGCCAGCCCACCUGUACUGAGCCGACAGGGCUCCCUGGCCUCCCCCUGUAGCCGGACCUCCUCCCUCAACGAGGAAGACGAGGAGGGUUGUCUCGCCCUGAAACCCCCUUUGGAGCUCCACGAGCCAGCCGUCCCCCUCAACUCCGACCCCCAGUCAGGGACUAACUACAGCCACAGCGACCUGGCUAAACUCUACGGUCUCCCGGAGCCUGUGAAGAGCGAGGGUGACGACGAGGAUGAGGAAGAUGAGUCGGAGACCCCGUCCAGUUCCCCUCCCCCYCCCCAGAGGCCCCACCUCCACCAGACGGGGGUGAGCAGCACCUUCAAGUCCCAGGCCGCCCUGGAGAACCAGAAGUACGCCUACCGAGGUGGUCCGUUUGGCCGCCCGCCCCCCUCCGCUCUUGGGGGGCUGAAGUACUCCUCCUCCCUCUCUCUGGGUCCCGACAUCCAACAGCAGCAGAAUAGCACCUCCCCCACCUCGGAUUCCACCAAUCACCCAGGCUUCAUGCCGUCGUCGGCCCCUCCCCUAAAGACCCGCCCACACUCCCCCUCCAGCCGGGAGGCAAAGAGACAGGUCAACAUCAAGAUGGAGGAGCCUGAUGUCUGGAGAGAUGGGAGAGAGGCCAUGGAGAAGAGGCUCCAUUCCUCGAGGGAGGAGUCCAAGUGUUAUCCCUCUACACAGCCCAUCAAGAUGGAGCCCAAGGAAGAGGUGACGCUUACAACCAUCUCAGAGUCUUCUCUGGCCGAGCUGGGCCGAAGCUGUGAGGUUCUCCUGARCCGACACUCCAGCUCCCUCCCUAGCAAGAACACCUCCGACAGGACCAAGACUGAGCUCAAACAGGAGGGCAGGCACCACAAGCCUGAGAGAGAGCGGGAACGACACCGAGAGAAGGAUGGAGAGAAGGAGCGGAAACCCGGCCGGAGCAAGAAGCACGGGGAGAGGAAAGAGGGGAAGAAAAAGCAGAGGGAGAAACGAGAAGAGAUGUCCUCCUCCUCCUCUUCGUCCUCUCACUCCUCCUCCUCCAGUUCCAGUUCUAAACGGCACAGGCACAAGGAGAAGAAGGACCACCGGCGGAUCCUCGGGAACCUGGACCUUCAGCGUAAGGAGAUCCGGGAGAAGGACCGCGACCGCGUUCGCGCCGACAUGAGGAGGACGGAGGCUGGGUCCACCAGCGAAGGUGAACCCUCCGAAUGGGCGUCCCAUAGUAGUGAAAGAAGUUCAGGAGUCAUGUCCUCUUCUCAGGACAGAGGGGCUGGAUCAACGCUGCAGGGUUCGGCUGCUGACUUCAUGAAGCUGAAGGCCCUGUCGGACGGGCCGCCCAAGGAGCUGAAGAUCAGGCUGAUCAAGGUGGAGAGCGGCGACCGAGAGACGUUCAUCGCCUCUGAGGUGGAGGAGAAGAGGACACCCCUGGAGGAGAUCAGCAUCGAGAACACCGCCGCAGAGGUCAUCAGGGCCUGCAAGGGUGCGAGGGUGAAGGGGAAGUUCAGAGAGUCCUACCUGCUCCCUGCGUUCUCUGUCAAGCCCCUGUUUACUACAGAGCCCCUCCCACGGGAUAAACUCAACCCCCCCACGCCUAGCAUCUACUUGGAGAGUAAGAGAGAUGCCCUCUCCCCUGUACUACUGCAGUUCUGUACUGACCCCAAGAACCCUGUUACUGUCAUCAGAGGACUGGCCGGGUCCCUACGACUUAACCUGGGUCUGUUCUCCACGAAGUCUCUGGUGGAUGCUAACUCUGAGCAUGCUGUGGAGGUGAGGACCCAGGUACAGCAGCCUGCUGAUGAGAACUGGGACCCGAGCGGCACGGGGCAGACCUGGCCCUGUGAGAGCAGCCGCUCACACACCACCAUCGCCAAGUACGCCCAGUACCAGGCUUCAUCCUUCCAGGAGAGUCUGCAGGAGGAGAAGGGUAGUGAUGAAGAGGCUGAGGAAGAUGAGGAAGACAAGGAGAAGACGAGUAAGGAGACCAGCCCCGAGACAUCUAGCAAAGAACCCACAAGUAAAGACGCUACCAGUACCGAACAGAAACCAGUGGGGAAGAUAAUCAAGUUUGGCACCAACAUUGACCUGUCAGACCCCAAGAGGUGGAAGCCCCAGCUGCAGGAGCUCCAGAAGCUUCCGGGCUUCAUGCGCGUAGCGUCCAGCGGUAACAUGCUGAGCCACGUGGGACACACCAUCCUGGGCAUGAACACGGUCCAGCUCUACAUGAAGGUCCCCGGGAGCCGCACGCCAGGCCACCAGGAGAACAACAACUUCUGCUCUGUGAACGUCAACAUUGGGCCUGGAGACUGCGAGUGGUUCUCUGUGCACGAAAACUACUGGCCGGCCAUCGACGACUUCUGUGAAAAGCAUGGAGUAGACUACCUGACCGGUUCCUGGUGGCCUGUUCUGGAGGACCUGUACCGCUCCAACAUCCCUGUUUACCGCUUCAUUCAGAGGCCUGGGGACCUGGUGUGGAUCAACGCAGGGACCGUCCACUGGGUCCAGGCUGUGGGCUGGUGCAACAACAUCGCAUGGAACGUGGGCCCACUCAACUCCUACCAGUACCAGCUGGCCCUGGAGAGGUUUGAGUGGAACGUGGUCAAGAAGGUCAAGUCCAUCGUCCCCAUGAUCCACGUGUCCUGGAACGUGGCCCGCACCGUCAAGGUCACCGACCCCGACACAUACAAGAUGAUCAAGCACUGCCUCCUGCAGUCCAUCAAGCACAUCCAGGUUCUGCGAGACCAGCUGGUAGUAGCAGGGAAGAAGAUCUCCUACCAGAGCKGAGUGAAGGACGAACCAGCUUACUACUGCAACGAGUGUGAUGUGGAGGUGUUUGACCUGCUGUUCGUGACGUCUGAGAGUGGCAGCAGGAAACUAUGUGUCCACUGUGAGGACUGUGCCCGCCAGAGGAACCCCAGCCUCUCCAACAACGUAGUGGUGUUGGAGCAAGUACCGCAUGGAGGAGCUAAUGAGUACCUACGACACAUUCAGCCUGACUGCAGCCCCGAGUACACAGUGAUAAAGCUUCCUCCGCGUCUCACAGCCAUAACCAAAACUCCUGUCCAGACAGGACUUAACAUCUUUAACAAAACGUUAUUUUAAAACCCCCCCCCCCCCCC